UUCCUUAUUUUACAUGUCUAGGAGUUCAUGGGAAAAGUUUUUCUUUAUUUAACCCAUAUAUGAAUUUUUUAGGAAGUGAAUAUGAGGGAGCCUAUAAAUACUGAGCACUGAGCAAUUGGAUCUUCUGCAGUGGUGCUUUGGCCAAAGAAGAUACACUUUCUUAAAUGACACUCCCUUUCUCCCUUAUUGCUCAGUAAAAGCAAAGCAACUCCUCUGCUGGGCUUUAAGAGGGAAAAUUUACAGUAAACCAUCUGAGGAAGAAAAGAAAAUGUUUGCAGGAGAAAAUGGUCUGCAAGGAGACCCAAGAUUGAAGGCCAUAUCAGAUGCCAUCGGAGUAGUCCCUAAUUUCCCUAAACCAGGAAUUAUGUUUCAAGAUAUAACCACACUGUUGCUUGAUCACAAGGCUUUUAAAGACACCGUGGAUAUUUUUGUUGAUCGCUAUAGAGAUAUGAAUAUCUCUGUUGUUGCUGGAGUAGAAGCCAGAGGGUUUUUGUUUGGCCCUUCAAUUGCUUUAGCCAUUGGAGCUAAGUUUGUCCCUCUACGUAAACCUAAAAAAUUGCCAGUGUUUGAAUACGUAGGAAAAGUCAUUUCUGAAAAAUAUGUACUUGAAUAUGGCAAAGAUUGUCUGGAGAUGCACGUUGGUGAUGUUAACCGUGGGGAACGUGCUAUUAUCAUUGAUGAUUUAGUUGCUACUGGUGGAACACUCUCUGCAGCAAUUAGACUUUUAGAACGAGUUGGAGCUGAAGUUGUUGAAUGUGCAUGCGUCAUUGGGUUGCCUGAGUUCAAGGGACAGUGCAGGCUAAAUGGGAAGCCACUGUACAUUCUUGUGGAGCCACGCCAGCAAACAAAUUGAUCUGUUUACAGAAACAGCUGAAAAUCUCCCAUUAUGUGCUCCUCUCCACCACUCUGAACAAAAAGCUCACUUGCUUUCUGAUGUUUUUCCUUUACCUCCUUUGUAUUUCAAUCCUAACAGAAAUAACUGUCAUGAAGAGUUGCACUUACGCUUUCA